UUAAAAGGCUAGUCAACGUACAAAACCUUGGAAGAGACAGUUCAACUACUGCUUCUCUUCUUUUUCUGCUCUACUGUUUCCUUUGAAUUUUGUAAAACUGGUGGUGUUGCAAAUUGCAAUAAUCCCCCUUUAUGGGUACAUGUACAUCAAUUUAUUCGAUUGACAAAUAAUCCAAAACCAAAAACAAAGUUAGAAAAAAAACACCCAUGUGAGUAAAUGUAAUGGAUUCCAGUUUAGUUGGAGCUUCCUACAUUUCCCAGAUCCCAAAUUUCUAAAAUAAGUUGCAAGAUUCAGUUUUGUUGCUUCAUUUUUGCAGAUUAUCUACUGAUGCAAGAACAUUGAUUUCUGAGCUUGUUGGUGAUUUUGUUGAGCUUAAAAGACCAAGUGAAUAUCACCCAGAUUGUAAGUGGCUGAUUUCUGUAGAUAUCUUCUUGUAAGAUAUGGUUGAAGAAGAAAACCAAAGAACUGUAUUGAAGGAAAUGGAAGAUAUAAAUGAACCCAAAUUUGGGUUCAUGGAUUAUAUAUGGGCACCAUUGAAUUGGCUUAAAAUGCUUGCCAAAGAGUUGCAUUGGAGCUUUGUUUUUGGGGUGAUGAUUGUCUAUGGAUUUAGUCAAGGUUUGGGUGGAGCCCUUAAUCGUGUAGGUAUGGAGUAUUACAUGAAAGAUGUGCAGAAAGUGCAGCCUUCCGAGGCGCAAAUCUAUCAAGGAUUUACUUCAAUUCCUUGGAUGGUCAAGCCUAUUUACGGCCUCAUGACCGAUGUGGUUCCUAUUCUAGGGUAUCAUAGGAGGCCUUACUUCAUAUUUGCAGGUGUUCUUGGUAUAGUGCCUAUGCUAUUCUUAUCGUUUCACAAAAAGAUGCAUAUCUUCUUCGUAGUACUGUCUUUAGCAACAGGGAGCACAGGAGCUGCAAUUGCAGAUGUGACAGUCGAUGCAUGUGUUGCACAAAACUCUAAUAAGCAUCAACAUCUUGCUCCUGACAUGCAAAGCUUAUGUUCAUUGAGUUCUUCCACUGGAUCACUCCUGGGAUUCUUUCUCAGUGGUCUCUUGGUUCAUUUUAUUGGCCCAAAGGGGGUCUUUGGAUUGCUGACAAUCCCAUCGGCACUAGUCUUUCUGGUGGGAAUCAUACUUCAUGAACCUCGAACUGUGAACUUUUCUUACAAACAGGUUGGCCAGAAGUUCCUUGAUGCAACAAGAGCCAUGACAGAGACAAUAAAAUUGCAAGAUGUGUGGCGACCAUGUUUAUAUCUGUACCUCUCCAAUUCCUUGAGUCUCAAUAUAUAUGAUGGAAUGUUUUAUUGGUAUACUGAUUCAGAUGCAGGCCCUCAUUUUUCUCAGGAAUUUGUUGGCUACAUUCUCUCCAUUGGUUCAGCUGGUGCCAUACUGGGAUCACUAAUAUAUCAGUAUGCCUUAAAAGAUCACCAAUUCCGCGAUCUAUGUUUCUGGGGUCAGCUUUUGUUAGGUCUAUCAGGGAUGCUUGAUUUGAUUCUCGUUUCACGAUUAAACUUGAAAUUUGGCAUACCAGACCAUUUGUUCGCAGUACUCGAUGAAUGUGCAUUCCAGUUUGUUGGGAGGCUCAAAUUUAUGCCACUACUUGUACUCAGUUCAAAACUUUGCCCUCCAGGAAUUGAAGGCACCUUCUUUGCAUUAAUCAUGUCAAUUGGUAACAUCGGCCUAUUCUCUUCAUCAUGGCUUGGAGGUUUCUUAAUCCAUGUUUUGAAUAUCACAAGAACAAGAUUUGAUAAUCUUUGGGUUGCCAUUUUGAUCCGUAACAUAGCCAGAAUCUCUCCACUUUUGGUCAUAUUUUUAGUACCAAGGACUGAUCCCAACUCUUGCAUUCUUCCAUCUCAAGUCUCAAGUUCAGAAACUGCAGAAACUCUGGAUGACGAUGAGAUCGAACUAGCAUCGCUCAUGACCAAUGUUGAUAGAAGAUGACAUUUCCAGUCCCUUUUCUUGAAGAUUUAGGGACAAAGUUCUCUUAAUAGAGACGUUUAAUGCUUAUACGGAACUUAGAUUCAGAAUAGCAGAUGAUACACAAAGGUAUUAUAGUAGAUUGCUAGUUACUUGCUUUUCGAUUCUUUUGUGUCUUACCAAUUCAUUCUAGAUAUUCUUUUGUUUAGUGAAAGGUGUAAUGAAAGUUCUGGAAAGAAUCUGUUGAUCUCAAACAGAUUUGAUUAACGUCAUUAGUGAAGCACAAGAUGUCAUCAGUCAUUUUCUGAA